AAGAUUCAUUUUCAGUGCCCUCGCAGCUGCGGCCCAUGGCAUCGCCGCCCCCGCACUUCUCAGCAAGUGGGGAUCCCGGGCUGAUUCAUCACAAAGGCCAGGCACAGUUAGCGUCUGCCCUGUGCCUGACAGGGUGUUAGGUGCUGGGGCUGCAGCGAAUGCACUGAUAGGAUGGACCUGGUCCUGGCCCUCUCCUGUUGAGCACGGUCACUGGAGAGGAGAGGAUCGCCAGAGGCAGAGGAAACAUUCAAGACUUCUGCCUUAGAAAUCCCAGUGAGGAAUCAAUUCCCUUCUUUGACGACGUGUAAGAGAAGAUGCUGACAUGAUGCCCGUUCUUUGCAGACUGCUGCACGGACUUAUUAGAACAUUUUAAAUCUCCAUUCAUUUCCAUUGUCCAGUUUUUUCAGGAUGUGAUUAUCAUGGCACCUGCAUUAUUGAUUCUCUUGGGGGCUACGGUCAUACUGAGAGCAGACUCUCUUGCUCAUAAAAAAUCUCUGCUUCUCCCACCUACCAACUUCACUAUCAAAGUAACUGGCCUUUCACAAGUGCUUUUGCGUUGGGAAUCAAAUCCUGAUCAAGAGCCAGUGAACAUAGAGCUAGGCUAUCACGUGAGAAUAAAUGCUCCACAAGAAGAUGAUUAUGAAACCAGGAACACCGAAAGCAAGCGUGUGACUGUUCUUCACAAAGGCUUCUCAGCAAGCGUGCGGACCGUGUCCUGGACCGGCCAGCCCCUCCCGCCCAGCAGCUGGGUUUCUGCUGAGCUUAAAGCCCCACCUGGGUCUCCUGGAACCUCAGUUGUGAAUUUAACAUGUACCACAAACACCACAGUGAAUAAUCAUACUCCCUUGAAGCCGUACCAAGUCUCUCUGCACUGCAGCUGGCUGGCCGGCGAGGAUGCCCCUGCGGGUACACAGUACUUCCUCUACUAUAGGUAUGGCUCCUGGACCGAAGAAUGCCAGGAGUACAGGAGAGACACCUUGAACAGGAACACUGCAUGCUGGUUUCCGAGGACCUUCAUCAGCAGCAGAGGGAGUGACCCACUCGCAGUGCACGCUAAUGGCUCGAGCAAGCACGUCACAAUCAAGCCCUUUGACCAGCUGUUUGCUCUUCAUGCAAUUGAUCGCAUUAAUCCUCCGGUGAAUGUCACAGCAGAGACUGAAGGAACCUGUCUUUCAAUUUGGUGGGAGAAACCAGUUUCUGCCUUUCCAAUUCACUGCUUUGAAUAUGAAGUGAAAAUUUACAACACAAGGAAAAAUUAUUCCCAGACAGAAAAAAUGACGACAAAUACACUCAUCUCAAUAAUUGAUGAUAUUUCUAAGUAUUCCGUUCAAGUGAGAGCCACAGUGAGCUCUGUGUGCAGACAGAUGGGGGCUUGGAGCGAGUGGAGUCAACCUAUAUACGUGGGAAAUGAUGACCAGAAGCCCACCACAGAAUGGUUUCUUAUUGUGCUUAUGGCAGCCAUCUGCUUCAUCUUGUUAAUUUUCUCCUUCAUCUGUAAAAUAGGUCACUUAUGGACCAAGUUGUUUCCACCAGUUCCGGCACCAAAAAGUAGUAUUAAAGAUUUCUUUGUAAUUGUCAGCUCUGAGAAAACUGCUUCCACCGAGACAGAAAUUGAAGUCAUAAGUUAUGUGGAAGAGCCUGGAUUUGAGACCCUGGAAGAUUCUGUGUUUUGAUUGGCAAUGCAGCAUUUUCAAAAUGAACUCACACUCACAUGCCUCAGCGAUAAGAGGAACGGGAACUGUUGUUUCUUGGCGACGAAGAGCUCAGAGUUUACUGAACACUCCAUUUAGCUGCAAGGCAAUACACUCAGACAAAUCUCUUGGAAGUGUACAUGCCUCAUCAAAACCUCCUUGCUCACUCAGGCUAAAACCAUUACAAUGCAACUAAAAUCCAGGCCUCCAGGAUUGCCUUUCUUUGAAGGACCUAUGUAAAAGGCACAACUGCCUACAUCACCUCCUGUCCAAAGUACUCGGAUAAUUCCAUCAACUUCAAGUUAAAGCUCCUUUCAACAGUGAGUCCCGGGGGGGGGGGGCUCAGCAUCUCACUAGCUCCCCAGUCACUUUCCCAAGGAGUGCCCUCCAUAAUGAACACCAUGCUCUCUCAUCCCGCCCUCUGUGUAAGCUUCCUCUUGUGGAGAAAGACUCUCUUCAUCGGAUGAUGAAGCAUCGGAUGAUGCUUUUAAGAUUUUAUUUUUAAGUAAGCUCCACACCCAACAUGGGGCUCGAACUCUCACAACCCCGAGAUCAAGGGCUGCAUGCUCCACUGACUGAGCCAGCUGGGCACCCCUUAACACUUAUCUUCUAAGUCUCAGUCCUGCGCCACCAGGAAAUCUCUGUAUUCCCCAGGAAACUUCUGGUUGAUUCUUUUUUUUAAUCAUUUACUGUAUUAUUUAAAAAAAUAUUUUUGUCUCAUUUAAAGUGGAAACACACCGAGGUCAACAACGUCUUGGGUGUGUACUUAACCAUUGAGUUGGAACUGGCUGAAUUUAGCUGGACAAUGAAAAACAAAGCGAAUUUCUUACUAGUGUAUCCAAAUGCAAAACUAUGCAUACUCAAUUUAGCUCUAGAGAGUUAAGCUCUAAUGGGUAGACUUAUUUAUUAAAGCUGUAGACUUAUUUAAUAAAGCUGACUUAUUUAUUUCAGCUAGAAAUUACAUCAUCACCAAAGCUUAAUAAUGAAAUGAUAAGAACUCACGGUCGGUUGGUGUGGCUUUUGCUCCAGAAAUGCCUCUCUCUACCUCACCAGCGUGGCCAUCUCUUGGGCUCUGCUGAGCGCCUGCUGAACUUCCAGGAGCCAGUACGACUACUCUCCACAAAUGGGCGGCAGGUGCAACAGUUAACCCUCGUGGCCAUGUGUGUUAUUUUAAAGUUCUAGUGGAUUCUUCUCACCAUGAAGUGAAUCAUCAAGAGGAAAGACUUAAUCCAGUUUCUGUGGAUUUCCAGUGCCCAGCAAAGUGCUUAACACAUGGAAAGCAGUCGACAUCUUGUUUGCUGGCAAUUAAAUAAAAGACGAACAACUGGGCCAAUUCAAA